AUGUGUGCCACCAUACAGGGCAGCACAUAUGUGGCUUUUGUUGGGUUGCAGCACAGGCCAGCAGCUUCCAAAGUAGAGGAGUCAGGAGGUCACUGUGGGACCACCAGCCCGGGUCUGCCAUCACCAAAAUACAACAGAUGUGCAUCUUCCCAACAAACUCCUGUAUGCUAUUGCAGCUGGGGCUCAACUCAGACUCCUGUGAGUUCAGAAUUUCUUUCAGAAAAUAAUGAUGACAACUUUUAUGACAUCAAAGAUUUUGGAAAGGCAAGUUGGAAAAGAGUUUCUCAGCAAGAUUCUUGGUUAGAAAAAAGAUCAUACAAGUUACCUGAAGCAGGAUUCCCCAAAAAGACUGUUGAAACUUCUUAUAAGGCUUAUAUCUACGUAACUCCAUAGUACACUAUGGAUCAAGAAGGGAGAAUAAGUAUUACUGAGUUGUCCAGGAUUGGCUCUGUGAGUAGAACUUUGGAGAAUGAUAAAAAAGAGAACUUCUCAUCUCUCAGAUUCUGUGAUUCUGUAGCCAUUUGCAUUCAAAGAUAUGUGAGGUGGCUUGAACAUAGGACAUUCAAGAGAGUAAAGAUUAAUUCUACAAAUCAUGGGCCACCACUAUCAGCAAUAGUAAGGUGCUACCAUAAAAUGACAGCCUACAUUAAAUGUUGAGCUGGUGUUUUGAAUCUCUCUACACCACUUCAGUAUUUUGAAUUAGAGGAGUUGAUGUACAAGAAGAAAUAUGUGGAACAGAAAUGGUCAGAAUUUUUGAGAGACUGUGGAUAUUUAAUAUCUGCUGCAAUACAGAAUGUCUUCCAGAUUAUUUAUCCCACUUCUGCUGAUACUAUAAGAAGCAUCUAAUAAUAUCAAGCAAUUGAAAUGUCUUUCACGUCAUCCCCUUCUCUUGGUGCAAAAGUGAAGAGCCUAAUCACAGUGCUGCUACCAUGGAUGCACCCUCUUAUGAAUGAAAAGGAUGGAUCCAAGAAGCCAGAUAUUCCCAACGUGUGGCCAGUGCGGGCAAAGGAUGACAAGUGUGCCUCUAGCUCAGAUGAACUCCACAUAGCAGCAACAAAUAAUGCUCUGCCAAAAUAUGAAGACUGUCAACCUGAAAGUAAAUAUGACAGCUAUUAUUUCAAAGCUGCACACUGA